AUGAUAAUUAAAAAAAUUAAUAAUAGUUUUUCAAAAUCAGAAUUUACAAAUAAAUUAAUUACAAUAAAAAAAUUGAAUUAUAAAGAAAUUAUUGAAAAAAUAAAAAAUGGAUUAUUUAAUUUUCCGAUAUUCUCUAUUUUAUCAAUAUAUUUUGCUCAAUGUUUUUAUGAAUAUUCAUUGGAAGGAAGAAAGGAUUUACAAUGGAUGCAUGCCAACUUAAAAUUUUUCGGAAUUUAUAUACUCAUUUCAACAGUUUUUUUCGUAUUUGGAUUUGUUUCAUUAGGAAAAUUAAUUAAAGAUUUAACAAAAAUAAUUAAUGUUGGAAACGAUUAUAAAAAAUAUGAUUUAUAUAAUAUUAAAAAUAAUAAUAAAAUUAAUAAAUACACAAAAUUAAUUUUAAAAAAAUUUAAUAUAUCAUUGGUUUUAUAUCGUAACCUUUUAAUAAUAUUAUUUGUAAAACUUUUAAUAAUUUCAUUCUAUAAAAUUACAAAAGAUAAAGGUGCAACUUUAAUUAAUCAUGGUCAAUAUAAUUUAAUUGCAUUUACAACUAUAAUGUUAAUUUAUUUAAUUGGAUUUUUAUCUUGGUUUUUAAUUUUUAAAAAUUGGACAAUUAAAAAUACAAUAAUUAGAUUAUUUAUUUUAAUAAUUUUAGUUUAUAUUUCAUUUUCAAUUAAAAAUAUAUUUGUUAGUAAAAAUUGGCCAAUUGGGAUUGAUGGUAAACAAUUAAAGUUUAAAGAUGAAAGUAGUGGUGGUGGUAAAGUUUGUGAAAUUGAAACCAAUUUUAUAGCAUGGCCAUCAUUUUUACCAAAAGGAUCAACUAGAAUUAUUACAGGAUCAAGUGAAUGUCCAAGUGAAAGUGAACAGUUUUCAAGAUUGAACAAUGGUAUUUUAACAAUGGAUAAUUGUUUUGAAGAGAAUAAACAAUAUACAUUAUCACCAGUAUUUUGGGAGGAACAAAAAAAGUUUGAUACAUUUACCAAUGAUUUUAAAUAUUAUGAAAAAUUAUUCAAAGGUAAAACACAAACACUUCAAUAUACUAAACCAGUUGAAAUUAAACAUGAAACUGUAAUGGCAAUUUGUGGUAAUCAAACUGAAAUUCAUUAUCAUAAUAUAAAGAAUCAACAAUUUUAUCAAAGAACAUUGAAUAAUUUCAAUUCACCAAAGAUUAAAGAACAUGUGGAUAAAGUUAAAUUACCAAAUCAUCCAGAUGAAAAAUAUAAUAAAAAACCAAUCGAUAUUUUAUUUUUAAUGAUUGAUGCAUUAUCAAGAGCUCAAUUUAAAUCUGCAAUGCCAAGUACUUUUGAAACUUUACAAUCUAUUCAAAAUCAAGGUCAUUCAAAGGUUUUUCAAUUUUUUAGAUAUCAUUCAUUGAAACCAUUUUCAGAUCCAAAUACAAUGGCAAUGUAUAAUGGUUUUAAUAGAGUUGGUUAUGAUGAUAUCGAUUAUGAAAAUAAUAUUAAUGAUCAAGGUGGUAUCGGUGGUGGUGGUGGUGGUGAUGGUGAUUAUCAUCAUGAUGAUACUAAUACAUUUACAUGGGAAAAGAAUCCAAUGUUUUAUCAAUCAUUUAGAAAUGAUUCAUAUGUUACAACUUGGGUGACUGGUUUAUGUCAAGAUUGGUUUCAACAUUAUUUAAAGAUGGAUAAGGAGGUAGGAUCAGUAGAUCAUGAAAUGGCAUUACCAUUCUGUUCACCACAAUUACACCCACCAGAGAAACCAUUUGGUAUCUUUGAAGGUCCUUACUCUAUACGUCGUCGUUGUUUAGGUGAUAAACAUGUUCAUGAAACCAUUUUUCAAUAUAUCAAUCAAUUUUGGGAAAACUAUAAAGAUGUUGGUAAAAUAUUACAUACAACCUUUAUGGAUGGUCAUGAAGGUACCAAUGAAGUUAUUCAAAUUGCUGAUAAAGGUUUUCAAAAGUUUUUAGAUAAGGAUUUAAGACCAAAACUAAAUGAUACCUUUUUAAUUUUAGCCUCUGAUCAUGGUCAACAUAUGUCUGGUUAUUAUAUGUGGUCCAAAGGUGGUAAAAUCGAAGUGGCAAUGCCAAUGCUCUAUUUGGUCUUACCAAGUUGGUUCCUUGAAAAAUACCCUCACCUCGAACAACAACUAUUGGAAAAUGAAAAUAAACUAUCAACACCUUUCCAAUUGUAUGAUACCAUUAGAACACUUUCAACUUUUCCUGAAUUUGGUGGUAUCGAUAUGAAAGAUCCAAAUGGUGUUCGUAAUGAUAAUCAAAAAGGUUUUUUAGGUAAAAUUCCUGAUGAUAUAACUUGUGCUCAAUUAGGCAUACCACAUGAUUUUUGUGUUUGUAAAUAA